UGUGGUGAGUGGAAGGUGAUGUAUCAUUCUCAUAAGAAUAAAUUACGAAGAAAAAUGAAUCAGGGGCAGUAUGAUCUCAAAGAUAUGCAAAUGAAUGGAUCCAAAAUGGUCACAGAAUUUGAACUGGUGGGGUUUCCGGGUCUCCUAGACUACAACUUAGUUCUCUUUGUUGGAUUCCUUCUACUGCUGUUAAUCACACUAACGGCUAAUCUCCUCAUCCUCUUUCUGGUUUCGCUGGACCACCGUCUUCACACACCCAUGUACUUUUUUCUGUGUAAUUUAUCCCUGCUAGACCUACUGGUGGCAACAUCAAUUCUUCCGAAACUUCUGGCAGUUCUUUCUGGAUAUGCCAAAACCAUUUCAUUUGCUGGUUGCUUUGCACAAAUGUAUUCCUUAGUGUCAUUUGGGACAACAGAAAACUGUUUGGUGGCAGCGAUGGCGUAUGACCGGUACAUUGCUGUUGUUAAGCCAUUACAUUAUAAUGUGAUUAUAAAUUUCAGAAAAUGCAUGUUGAUAAUGACGAUAGUGUGGAUACUGGGAUUUCUUAUCCCACUUGGGUUUCUAAUUUUAGUUGUUCAAUUGCCUUUCUGUGGUUCAAAUAAAGUCAUGCACUGUUUCUGUGACUAUCCAAGUGUUCUUUCCCUGGCUUGUGCUGACAUUAGUGCCCAUGCCAAUUCAGCAUUUGGUGCUGCUAUGAUAUCAAAUUAUGUACCUUUACUUUUUGUACUGUGGACAUAUGUCAGAAUUGUAAUUUCUGUGUUAAAACUUAAAACAACGGAGAGUCUAGCAAAGGCCUUUUCAAUGUGCUCUUCACAUAUCACUGUGGUGCUGAUGUAUUAUGUGUCUGCCUUUGUCGAUUAUGCAGCAUUAAAAAUUGAAGGACUCUCGUAUGACACAAGAAUUUUUAUUGCAGGUUUGAAUUGCUUUUUAAUGCCGAUGGUAAACCCUAUGAUUUAUAGCUUAAGAAAUGAAAAGAUGAAGGCUGCUGCAAGAAAAUUCAUCAGCCUCAAUUUCCUUUUUCCAAAAAAUGUUAAAAAUUCAAUUAAUGCUACUGACAAGGUUUUAUCAAAAAAUGGCAUAACAUUUUCUUCAUGAAUGCACUCUGCUCUCUUACGGUGACAUCAAUCUAUCUUGCUAAUGUCACUGAUUACAUUUUGUAUCAUAUGUCCUAUUUUCUGUUUAUAUAUUUAAAAAAAGCAAACAAACUCUUAUGGACCUGCGUGUUGCUUUUUCAAAGUUUAAAGGUCAUUAUGUUUUUGCUUCUAUCAUCAUUUUUAAAAUUUACACCCAAAGUAUUUUAAAUAACUGCACCCAACUCUAGCACGGCUUUCUUCAGAAAUCCGGUUGACUAGGUUUGUACGCAGACCGGUCUUUGUU